AUGCAAUGCAGAGGCACUCCAAGGAGUUAUAAAUGUGGUGACAACCUUUCAAGUAUAAGCUGCAAGACUGAAAGAGAUGAUGCUGUGUGUAUCUUAUGUUCUGGUUCCCAUUUUGCAACAGACAAAAUGUGCCCAGAGUACGCUUGGCAAAAAGCUAUCAAAGAAACAAUGGCUAGAAACUCUAAAUCAUAUUCAGAAGCCAGUAAAAUCCACCAACUAGUUUCGAAAUCUUAUGCAGACAUUGUUGCUUCUGAUUCAUCAGCCCCUUUUGGUCCGAAUAUUACUUAUUCCAGCCCCUAUAAUUUAACAAGCCCUUCUAAGACUCCCAUACAGUCAUUGAGGAAAACAGUAUUCAUGAAACCCAAAGCUCGUCCCAGAAAUUCUAGUAAAGGAUAUGAUCAAAAAGCGCAUGCAGAGCUUAUCCAAGAUUACAGCAACAUUCCUUCCUUUUCGACAGGAUGUCUCAAAAAUUACAAUGAUUUGUCAGAAAUAAUAACAAAGGAUCUCAUCAUCCAAAUGACUCCUGCCUUUCUUAUUUUCUCAGUUUAA